AUGUCCAAAGCAACUCUGGCAAUCAUCGCUGCCGCCAGUGCAGCCACUGGAGCUGGUGUCACUGCGCUGCUCUUCGGCAAAUCCUCCAAGCCCCAAGAGACCCUCACCCCGACCCCAACAACAGGUCCGAAGGUACCCUCAGCGAUCCCAGCCCCAGCCCGAGCAUCUAAACUAGCCACUGGUCCUGUAGAUGCAGCAGGAAUCCUCCAAUAUGGUUUCCCGGGCCCAAUUGCCGAUGAGCUCUCCUCCCUCCCACUACACGGCGCCUACGACCGACGCACCCGCAACCCAUCCUGGGUCGCCGAACACAUCACACCCGAAUCCCUAGCUGUUCACAAUGCCGACCGAAAGAAGAGUACUUUUUUCGAGGACACGACCAUUCCAGCAAUGUUCCGCGCGAAACUGUCCGACUAUUUCCGCUCGGGCUAUGACCGCGGACACCAGGUACCAGCCGCAGACGCGAAGUGGUCGCAGGAUGCCAUGGAUGGCACGUUCGCGCUGAGCAAUAUGUGUCCGCAGGUCGGCGAGGGCUUUAAUCGUGACUACUGGGCGCACUUUGAGACUUUCUGCCGUGAUCUCACUAAGCGUUAUCCCUCCGUUCGCGUCGUUACAGGUCCACUCUACUUGCCUCACCGCGACCCGGAUGGAAAGUGGCGUGUUAACUACGAGGUUAUUGGUAACCCGCCUAAUGUUGCCGUGCCCACGCACUUCUAUAAGGUUAUUUAUGCCGAGGAUGGAACCAACUCGCCUACGAGUAAGGUUGCGCUCGGUGCUUUUGUUCUGCCUAAUGCUCGGAUUGCGAACGAUAAGCGUCUGACUGACUUCGAGGUUCCUCUCGAGGCUGUCGAGCGUGCUUCUGGUUUGGAGUUCGGCUCUAAGUUGGACCUUGGUCGUCGUCGUCGCUUGUGUCAGGAGGUGUCUUGCUCGAUCACUGUGCGCGAGUUCAACAACGCCAAGAAGCGAUCUUGA